AAAAGAGAGGUUAUAAGUAUGGAGGAUAUCUGUUCAAUAGGAAGUUUUACUUCAGAAGAAUGUCACAAGAAUGUUUAUGGUAAUGUGCCAAUGAAAAUGAAAUUGAUAAGUGAGUUCAGUGAGGAAGAUAAAAAUCUGUUGCAGUUGAGAGUGAAUAAGGCUAUUUUGACAGUUUGUAAAUAUCAUGAGAUCAAGUUUCUAUGCAAGUAUUAUCAUAUUUUCGGUCGUGUUUGUUGUGACCCGAUGCAAGUUCACAAGAAGGUAAUAUCAAAAGGACUCAGGGAAAUUAAGUUGAAGCAUACUUUUCAAGAUGUAAGUUUGAGGUUAUGUCUUGUGCCUGGAAAAUCUCUUUGCCCAACAUGCUACAGUAAGAUAUUUGUUACCAAAGAAAAUGCAAAUGAUGAGGAAGAGGUUGAUGAAUUUGUUAACAUCACAGAAGUUGCAGAGAAACUAGACUCUGCUUUUAAUAUUUUGGAACUUUCGCCAAGUACUUCUAAGAUCAGAAAACUCAGUUCCAACAAAAGAAAUCUAGCAAUCAGUUCAAAAGCACAGAGAGUAUCAGAAGAAGUAAAGAAGAAGUUGAGAUUGUGUUUUGUAGAAAAUGAUUCAGUUAUUCAAGAUAAGGACAGUUGUGGAGUAUCUUCAUCAGAAUAUAAUGAGUUAAUCAAUAAAUUAAGAACUAAAACUCUUACAGCUAACAAAGAAGACACAGUAAGAAUCAUCAGUCUUCUCCCUAACUCUUGGUCUUGCGAGAAAAUAAUGAACGAAUUUCAAGUUACAGAGAGUGUUGUGAAAACAACAAGGAAGCUAGUUAAAGAACAAGGAAUUUUACCUCACCUAGGAAAAAAGAAAGGUGUUGGAAUUAUUGAUGACAUUGCAAAAGAAGUAGAGAGGUUUUAUGAAGAUGAUGAGAAUAGUCGUAUAUGUUCUGGAAAAAAAGACUUUGUAGCUGCGAAAAUUAAUGGAGAAAAAGUUCACAAACAAAAAAAGACUCAUUUUGAGCAACCUAAAUGAACUGUAUCUACAGUUUAAGAAUGAAUAUCCAGCAUUCAAGAUAGGUAGGUCUAAAUUUUGUGAGCUGAGACCAAAGUGGUGCAUUUUAGCAGGUUCGUCAGGUACACACACAGUAUGUGUGUGUCUUUAUCAUCAGAAUGCUAAACUAAUGAUUGAUGGAGCCCGGCUGAAUGUACACUACAAAGAAUUGCUCAAUAUGAUAGUGUGUGAUUCCAACAACUACUCGUGUAUGAUGGGUGAAUGCCAGCAAUGCCCAGGAAAAGAAGUUUUCUUAGAGUGGUUUGCUGAGCUUAAAGAAAAUGAUUCUUUACCUGACAAUAUUGUCUACAAACAGUGGGUUACUGUUGAUAGAGCAGAAAUGGUCACAAUUUUGAAGCCAAGACAUGAAUUCAUGGAAGAUCUGGCAGGAAAGUUAGUUUCUUUGAAAAAACAUCAUUAUAUUAGCAAAACUCAAUCUCAGUUCUUGAAAGAAAGGAAGAUGAAUUUGACUGAAUACGAGUGCCUGGUCCUAGCUGAUUUUGCUGAAAAUUACACAUUUGUAAUUCAAGAUGAAAUACAAUCUGCUCAUUGGGCAAAAAAACAGGCCACUCUACAUCCAUUUGUCUAUUACUACAUGAACGGAGAAAAUAUUCAACACAAAAGUGUUUGCAUUAUCAGUGACAGUUUGGAACAUAACACAUUGGCAGUUCACACAUUUCAAGUUCAUCUUUUGAAACAUAUUACUGAAACUAAUCCUGCAAUCAAAAAAAAAGAACAGAAAGAAUUUAAUUAAUGUCUGCAAUCAUAAAAAAGAUUUUGACCUGCAAUGUGAAUGGAACUUUUUUGGUUCUUCACACGGUAAGAAUGCCUGUGAUGGAGUUGGUGGCACUACAAAACGACAAGUUUCACGAGCAAGUCUUCAAAGAACAGCAAAUAACCAGAUACUUACUCCUCAAGAAAUGUUUCAGUACUGCAGCACUCAAAUAACUGGUAUUUCUUACAUAUAUGUGUCAAGCACAGAGAUCUACAAUCUUGCCACAAUGCUGGAACAAAGAUUUGAAAACUGCAAACGAGUUACUGGAAUAAGAAGCUACCAUAGGUUUGUGCCUGUAAAUGAGAGCACUGUAAGGUGUUAUGUUACUUCAAAUGCAGAAAAUUUAGAAGACUUUCAAGUCAGCAAAACAAUUCCCUUGAAUGUGGACAUAAGUGAUAUAGUUGCAUGUAUCUACGAUGGACAAUGGUGGUUGGCUGAAGUUGAUGGCAUCAGCAAUGAAAAUAUGGAUAUCCAUGUAAAAUUUUACCAUCCAUCAGGACCCAGUACAUCAUUCAAGAAACAUGUUAAUGAUUCUACCUGGGUGCCAUUUGAAUGGUGUUAUGCAGAAGGAGACCAACCCUCAAAAAUAAAAAAAAUGGGUUACAACAAUGUCUUGAAAGUUAAAUUUUUAUUCUGUAUUCUGCAAAAAACACCCAACCCAUAUCUGCAUUGUGCUGCCUUCUGUGUUCGAUAAAACUAACCCACAUUGAUAUCAUUCGUAGAGUAAUAUUCUGCAUAAACCAUCCAUGUUCCUUGGUCAACUAAUUACUUAUACUACUUUCACAUGCCAUUCUGCAGAAAGAAUCCAUGUGGUUUGGUUGAUUAAAUUCCAUGUUUAUUUUAUCUUCAGAAUUUUUCAGAAACUAUCCAAGUGGGUUGGUCUGUUACUGCAGAUCAUUCUUUCGCCUUGUUAUUUAUCUUUGGAAUUUUUCAGAUUCCAUCCAAGUGGUUUGGUUUGUUUCUUCUAAACACACUGGCCUAUUUAAGUACACCUACACCCAUUUUAUCUAUGUUUAUUAUUUCCAUAAUUUAAUUAAUAUUGUAAUAUAAAUGAAUUAUGUGCUAUGGAAUUUCUUGUGGGCUCAUGUAAAUGUUGCCAGCACUGCUAAUGUUGCUAGCACUUUUUUACUUUUGGUGGGAAAGUUUGUUUACUGUAUAGUCUAAACCGGUCUGUUAUAAUGGAUGCACAAAGUAGAGGAAAAUUUCUUGUACAGCUUGCCUUAAAAACAUUUGCUGAGCAAAGUAAUUACAGUCCUGAGCAAAGUAAUGACAGUCCUGAAGAUAUUUCACCAGAAAAUUUAAUAAUACAGGAAGUACCAGACAAGGAGUCACAUGAGUCACAUAUAGUAGGCCAACAUUUUGAAAAUGUGCUUGAAGAAGAGGAGAUACUUUUUUCUGGUGUUGUAAAUGAAGAAGGUAUUCUAAUCACUCACGAGGAAGAAGUGUAUACCUCAUUGCCACCAACAGAAGAAUUUCAAGAGAACACUGAGACCAUUCCCGUAUCUGCUGAACAUGUAGAAGAUGCGUUUCCUGUACAUGUGUCAGAUUCCAUUGCUGAUGAAAAUGGAGAGAAAAAUGAUACUGAGUCUAAUGUCAGUCAUGAUGUUGAUUAUAAUAAAAGUCAUCUACAUCAUUUUCCUGGUGACUCAUCAUUUGAUUCCAGUGGUGGGGAAAACCCAGAGGAAAACUGCAAAACAGGGCGAAAGUCAAGAGGAAGAAAAAGGAAAAUUGAAGAUCAGUCUAGGAGUGAAAGGAAGAGGAAACGAAAUAGCAACCAAUCCUACUACAACUACAAGUACAAGCAUGUAGCACAUAAAGUGUUUGAAGAUUAUGAAUGUCACUGCCCUAUCCAGUGCAAUCAGAAAGUGGGUCUUGAAGAGAGGAAGAUGGAAUUUGACAGAUUCUGGAAGUUGGGUGAUUACACAGCACAAAAUACAUAUAUAGGGAGCCUUGUAACAGAAUACCCUAAAAAGCGACAGUAUGGACGUGAUCCGAAAAAGAAGCAGUUUUCGAGAAUUUUUCGUUUAUCAUCAGUACGAGUAUGUAGAAAUAUGUUCUGCAAGACAAUAGCUAUCUCUCCAUGCAGGGUUAACACGGCACUUAAAAAAGUGAAUGGUCGCCUACCUUUAAAUGAUCAAAGAGGAGUUCAGCAAGGAGGCUGGAACAAAACAUCUGACAUCAAAUUGGAGAAAGUUAUAGCCCAUAUUAAAAGUGUACCAACAUACACCUCACACUAUUGUAGGGACAGUGUUUCUUCUAAAUAUUUGCCACGAGACAUGACACUGGAGAAGAUGUACAGUGCUUACAAAAGUGAAACAGAAUACCCUGUGAGCCUUGCCACCUACAAAAGAGUAUUUUACGAUAAAUUUGACCUAAAAAUCAAACCUCUAAAAAAAGACACGUGUAACAAAUGUGAUACAUUACAUAACCAGAUUCAGUGUGGCAACGAAAACAGUGCCGAAGUUAAAGAAGAGCGCCAAAAUCAUCUUCAAAUUGCUACUGAUGCACAAACCAUGUUGAAAAGUGACAUGAAACUUGCAAAGGACUGUGCUGAUAUUGAAUGUCUCACUUAUGAUAUGGAGAAAACAUUACCAUUACCUCGUAUCCCAACCAGUAUAAUGUUUUAUAAACGACAGUUAUGGUUAUACAAUUUGGGAAUACAUAGUGGCAAAGAUGAAAAUGGUUACUGUUAUGUAUGGCUAGAAGGAGAAGCAGGUAGAGGAGCGCAGGAAAUUGGUUCUUGUCUCCGCAAGCACAUCACCAGUACAUUAAAUUCUGAUGUAGAAACACUAAUCCUGUGGUCAGAUUCUUGCGGUGGACAAAACCGUAAUAUCAAGAUGGUUCUUAUGAUGAAAGAAAUUUUACACAAUCAUCCACGAUUGAAAAAGAUAAUACUUAGGUACUUGGUUUCUGGGCAUAGCUUUCUCCCUAAUGAUAGGGAUUUCGCAGAUAUUGAGAGAGCACUCAAGCACCAACAAAGGCUCUACACACCUGCAGAUUACAUCGAUGUUAUGAAGACAUGCAGAAAAAAGAAACCUCUCAUUGUUUCCAAAAUGAACCCUGGAGACUUUCUUGGAACCAAAAGGAUUGAAGGUUCUAUUACUAAUAGGAAAAUGUCUGAAGACAAUCGGAAAGUCAGUUGGCUUAAUGCCAGACAAAUUACACUAAAGCGCGAAGAACCAUUCCUUCUGUACAUCACUACAGAUUUCAAAAGUGAAGAUGAACUUGUAAUCAAUAUUAAAAAAAGUACUAGGGGAAGGCCUAAAGCUGAUGAUAUUUGGAAGCUGAUUCCACUGUGGCCAAAUGGAAAACCCAUAACAGCUGCAAAAAUGGCUGACAUCGAAUCCAUUAAACAUCUCAUUCCAGCUGAUGCAGUAGAUUUUUAUAGAAAUCUUACGGCCGCCAAUGAUGCUCAGGAAGAUGAUGUAGAUGGAUUCAACAAUACAUUGGAUUUUGACAUUCAGGAGUGAAAUGUUAGCUAACAUGUAUUUCGUGUUAUAAUUUUGAUGUUCUCUAGCUUAAUGUGUAUUUAUAUUCCUUAGACUAUUCAAUGUCAAGAGAUCAGUAUUUUUAAAAAAAUAUAUUAUGUCCAAAUAAUUUUUGUUGUAAACCAAAUUAUUUUGUGAAUAUAUUUGCUUAAUACUAUAAAAAUUAAACAGGAAUAAAAUAAUUCCAACUGCCAAGUUUUGGUUUACUUUGCAGUAUUAUAAAAAUAUGCAUUUACUAAAGAUCUUCAACCCGUAUUUAAAUGUUUAAACUGUGUAUUAUGUAAGAUUCGGCAUUUAUAAAAUUAUAUGUGAUGGUUCAGGAAACAUGUACACAAAUUACAUAGGUACUAUUUUCUGCAGAACAUAUUUUACUGGGAUUCAGCAAAUUUGCAGAAAAAGACCAACCCACAUUUACUUGUAAUAAAAUAUUAAGGACUAUUUUUUUUUUAAUUAAAUAAUUUUGAGAACAACAUAUAUACUCAUCCUAAUAAUCUAAUUUAAAUUUCAUAUUCAUUGUUGAGUCUCAAAAUAUUUCAAAGAGCAGUGACUUUAAAGCUAGUGUUCUCUCUUUUGAAAUUUUGUGGCAUGGAUGGCUUCUGCAUAACACCAUUCAUUUAACAGAAUUCUGAGGAAACUUACACCACAGGAACUUACAACAUCCACGGGACGUACACACAACAUUUCUAACAUUCUUUGUGAUGAAAUUUCUGUGUUGCUUAACAGUUUUGCUUGCUGAUUUUUGGUUAAGUUUUAAACACUUAAGAUUGUAAAGUACAUGUAUUGUAAAUAUGUAAUAUGAUACAUCGCGUAUCUGUACGCAUGCAUGUUAUAAUAGUUUAAUGUGCAUAGUUGCCACAUUUCAAACUUGUUUUUUAUGCACUCACAGAUAAAUCUCAAAGUCCAAAUUUUUACAGGAGUUUACCCUCAUAUAGAGUUUCAUUCUGGCAUAAUCCCAAAUUUUUAUCAGUUUGCCCACCAGAGAUAUUUAGGUGUACAAUUUGUAAAAAAUGCAAAAAGUGGGAAGUUGACGAGCUCAUAGAAACUAAAGGAAAUAUUUCUCAGGUUUCAUUUUUGGUAUACAAAGACUACUGGUAGAAAGGAAUUCCCUGUGUGAAUUUCAACUCUGAGACUUGAAGUAUUCCUUUCACUACACACCACUGAAUCUCGUAUUUUUGACCCAAAUUUUGACUAUAUUUGUACCCCAUUUUCGUAGAUAAAAAAAUAAA